AUGUCCGGGAGCGCGCUUAAAAGACUGAUGGCUGAAUAUAAACAGCUUACUGACAACCCUCCUGAAGGGAUUGUUGCGGGUCCAGUUGACGAAUCCAAUUUCUUUGAGUGGGAGGCCUUUAUUAUGGGUCCAGAUGGAACACCAUUCGAAGGUGGAGUCUUCGCUUCGCGCUUGUCUUUCCCUCCUGACUACCCACUUUCGCCUCCGAAAAUGCGAUUUACUAGCAGCAUCUUUCAUCCUAACAUUUAUCCCGACGGUCGAGUAUGCAUUUCCAUCCUCCAUACUCCCGGUAAUGAUCCUCUUGGCUACGAAACUCCCGCGGAAAGAUGGAGUCCAGUCCAAUCGGUGGAAAAAAUCCUCCUUUCCGUUAUCAGCAUGUUGGCAGAACCGAAUGAUGAGAGUGCAGCCAAUGUCGACGCGGCAAAGACGUGGCGGGAGAAUCGCAAACUGUUUGAUGAGAUGGCGAUGCAAAGUGUUCGAAUGAGUCUCGGAUUCCCCGCAGAGGGCGAUGUCAAUUAG